AUGUCCCUGCCCGCCACAAUUGAAGAUGAGCCUUUCAAGAGCUAUGAUGAUGCCAUUAGAGCCGUCCGUGGCGUGGCCAAUAGCCAAGGCUUUGCAAUUACGAUUCAACGGUCCGAAAGGGGGCCAAAUAACAAGGUCAAGUGGUGCCAUUUUCGCUGCGACCGCGGGCACCUAUCGCCCUACAAAGAGUCUGUGGAUGCAACUAUAAAGGCAAGAUCAAUUUCAAUUAUCAAAACGCCUGUUAUUUUGUACGAAUUACCCAUGGAACACACAACCAUGACCCUGUUAGGCGGCUUGACUCCUCUGCCUACCCGAGAUAAGCUUGAUCUCGUUGGCCAUUUGUUCUAG